CGUGACUUUCAAGUUUACCGUCGAACGUUUAAUAUUUUCUGUACUCUUGUUCUCUUGUACGGUGCUAAUAAACCCCCUGGAAAAAGAUGCAAUCUUUGCGCAAAACUACGACAUGGAUUGUGCCGAGUGGAAUGAGACUGGCUCGCAUGAGCGGCGGUGAGAUGGGAAGCGGUGCCGGUAAGGGCGGUGGCGGCGGUGGAUCGAUCCGUGACGCCGGUGGUUCCUUCGGUAAGAUGGAGUUCGCUCACGAAGAGGAAUACUUCUACAAACAGCGUCAAGAGCAGCUGGCAAAGCUGAAACAGAAGGCUAUCAACCACGAAGAUUUCCACUCCGAAUCGAUCAAACACCACGAAGAAGCGAUCGCACGCCAUAAGCAGGCCAUUGAGGAGCUGAAGAAGAAGUAAGCUGAGAAUGAGGGGAUCCUGAGUAUUUUUUUUGGUGGCGGCAUUUUUGUAUCACACACACGGUGCCUUCAACCGAUGUUUAUUAGAAUAAAUCGUAUCACUCGUA